AUGACACCCACAGAAUUCACAAGCCCCGACCCUGGUCUGCCCGAUGACUUCAGCUAUGACUCCACGUCUUCCAUGGAUGACUACGCGAACUUCAACUUCACGGACCUCUUCUGUCAGAAGAGCAACGUCAGGCAGUUUGCGAGCCACUUCCUGCCGCCCUUGUACUGGCUCGUGUUCCUCGUGGGCUCCGUGGGCAACAGCCUGGUCAUCCUCGUCUACUGGUACUGCACCCGGGUGAAGACCAUGACCGACACGUUCCUGCUGAACCUGGCAAUCGCCGACCUCCUCUUCCUCGCCACGCUUCCCUUCUGGGCCAUCGCCGCCGCCGACCAGUGGCGAUUCCAGACCUUCAUGUGCAAGGCGGUGAACAGCAUGUACAAGAUGAACUUCUACAGCUGCGUGCUGCUGAUCAUGUGCAUCAGCGUGGACAGGUACAUCGCCAUCGCCCGCGCCAUGCGCGCGCAGACCUGGAGGCAGAGGAGGCUGCUGUACAGCAAGAUGGUUUGCGUCGCCGUCUGGGUGGUGGCCGCCGCUCUCUGCGUCCCGGAGAUCCUCUACAGCCAAGUCAAGGAGGAGGCCAACGCCACCAUCUGCGCCAUGGUGUACCCUCGCGACGACAGCACCAGACUGAAGUCGGUGGUCUUGACCCUGAAGGUGAUCCUGGGCUUCUUCCUGCCCUUUGUGGUCAUGGCCUGCUGCUACACCAUCAUCAUCCACACGCUGACCCAAGCCAAGAAGUCCUCCAAGCACAGGGCCCUGAAGGUGACCGUCACCGUCCUUACCGUCUUCGUCCUCUCUCAGUUCCCCUACAACUGCAUCCUGCUGGUGCAGACCAUCGACGCCUAUGCCGUGUUCAUCUCGAGCUGUGCCGUUUCCAGCCACCUGGACAUCUGCUUCCAGGUCACGCAAACCAUUGCCUUUUUCCACAGUUGCCUGAACCCCGUGCUCUACGUUUUUGUGGGCGAGAGGUUCCGCCGGGAUCUUGUGAAAACCCUGAAGAACCUGGGCUGCAUCAGCCGGGCUCAGUGGGUCUCCUUUACAAGGAGAGAGGGCAGCUUGAAGCUGUCGUCGAUGUUGCUGGAGACGACCUCGGGAGCUCUCUCCUUCUGAGGGACCUUCUUUCUCGCUGAGGUGGAAGUGACAAUAAAUACAGACACAGCUUCCCCACCCACGGGACCAGAGGGACACCAAAGAAGAGAAAGGAAGCGAGAAAGAGGAAAGUCAGAAAGGAAUGAAUUGGAACAUUAUUAGCCUGAGUCAGAAUUCGCCAAGGCAGAGUUUCCAGAAACUCCCUGGCAGUCCCAGGAUGUUGACUGGCUCCUGGCGGCGAUGCCUGUGACUUUCGAAGGACUGAUCGGCAGUGCUGCAGACGAGCCUGGCCGCCCUCGGCCCCAGCAUGGCCCUCUGACCUCUGGAGGAGGCGCCUGAGAGCCUCACAGUGCUCUCAGCUCUGCAGCCACCCCUUCCGAAGGAAACAGAAGCACUGGCCACUGUAUACAGUCCACGGAAGCACAAGGUUUCAUGAGAACUCUCACCUCUGGGGAGUUUCUGUCCUGGUUUUGAAGCUGAUGCCUGUGCCAGGUCUUAGAGAUUCUUAAUCUAGAAUCUUUCCAACCUCAGGUCUAGUUUCCCUCUGGUCUCCUCGAUCUGUUCUGGGCCAGGGAGGGUCCUUGUGCCUGUUUUGAAACUAUCUGCAGGACUGGUCGGUGGGCCCCAGGGCAACCGACCAUCCCAGCAAGCCACCCGGAUUCUGUAGGCUCCCAGCCCAUCCCUGUGUCCUGCUGGAGCUUCUGCGAUUCCACACCUGCCCGCGGGCUGAUGCGGGCGAGG